AUGCCCCCAGGAGGGAAGGGGGUGCCCCGAAGUGGCAGUGGCGGUGGAAGCCCAGGGAGUGGGCGCCGAGUCCGGCAGCUGGAGCCAGCAGAGGGCGCUCGGGUCUCGUCGGACACCACGCUCCGGCCCCUGCGGCGGCGCCCAGAGGGGGGCCGGGGCGCUGGGCGGGGCUGCUGCGCUUGGGUGGGCGCCAGGAUGGGGGAGCCGCGGGUGCCGCUGGUCCCCGACGCCCCCGACGCCCCCGACGCCCUCGCUGUGGACCCCGGCCCCUGCCCGGGCCCCGCCUCGCCGCGCGGGGGCACCGCUGUCAUCCUGGACAUUUUCCGCCGCGCGGACAAAAAUGACGAUGGGAAGCUGUCCCUGGAGGAGUUCCAGCUCUUCUUUGCAGACGGCGUCCUCAACGAGACGGAGCUGGAGGGUCUCUUCCACACCAUCGACUCGGACAACACCAACCACGUGGACACCAAGGAGCUGUGUGAUUACUUUGUGGACCACAUGGGGGACUAUGAGGACGUCUUGGCCUCCCUGGAGACCUUGAACCAUUCUGUCCUGAAGGCCAUGGGCUACACCAAGAAGACCCUCUGGUUUGACCUGCAGCAGCGCCUCUCAGAUGAAGACGGCACUAACAUGCAUCUGCAGCUGGUCCGGCAGGAGAUGGCCGUGUGUCCUGAGCAGCUCAGCGAGUUCCUGGACUCGCUGCGACAGUACCUGCGGGGCACCGCUGGGGGCCAGGAGCUGCUUCCAGUGACCUGCUGUGUUUUCCUGCCCAUCCAGAGACACCCCACUCCCAAAACCCAAUCAGUGCCUCAUUCUGCUGCAGCUACAGACUUAGAUGCACCAAGCUGCUCCGAUGACCUUCAUCUGUCGCAAAGCAUCGCCGCUGGGAGGCUGUCGGACGGCUUCACCUUCGUGGUCUACGAGUUCUGGGAGACAGAGGAGGAGUGGAAGAGGGCCCCACAGGUCAGCCUUCCUGGGGCCUCGCCUUCUUAUCUUCACAUGAGGCUAAACCCCACGGCUAAGCCCACAUCAGGUGCUUCAGCCUCAAGGGCUCACCAGUGCCCUGUGGGUUACAGGCACCUGCAGAGCCCCGUGUGCAAGGCGUUCCGGCACAUCAAGGUGGACACGCUGAGCCAGCCGGAGGCCCUCUCCAGGAUCUCGGUGCCAGCUGCCAGGAAUUGUAGUCCACAGAUGGGUGCUCAACAUCAGUGCCAGCUGCCUGGUGCACGAUGGGCCGAGACUGACCUGCUCCCCAACGCCCUGCGGACGAGCCUGGCACCCUUCCUCUCUUCUUAUAAAGGUCGCCCCCUCUUUUCUAGAAACUUUGGAUAUGAGCGGUCUUUUCCAUAUACUUCCAAACAAGAAUGUAUUUUCCCACUGUUCGAAGUGAAGGCAAACCCCCCUCCCCCCGCAUCCUCACAUCGCCCACCGCACCGGCCUUCUCUGGCCUCACUCCUCGCAGGCCACCCCUCUCCCUCCGUCUCUUCCACUCCUGGUCUACAUUCCUCUACCUGGUAGGAGUCAACACCCUGUAGUGCCCAACCUAGGCCUGUGCCAAGUCUGCACACGGCAGUAGAGCCCACGUAGCCAGUGCCAUACGAGGCAAACAGCCGCCGCUGGGAUAAGCACAAAAUAAACUCCCGUUGGGAACCGUCACGUGCUGUGUUUCUGCUUCCUGUUUCCUAGUUGAUAACAGCUGGAGGAGUGAAGCCACUGGGGUGCAUGGGGCCCUCAUGAGCCAUGACACCUGGACCAAGUCACCCUGAGACUCAAUUUUCUUAUCUGCAAAAUAGAGGCACUAACCCUAUUUUGACAAAUAAGUCUGUGCCCGGCACCAAGUUCAGGGUCCUCAGACCAUCCCCAGUGUCAGCCGUUCAUUAGGACUGAACUCAUCGAAGCCAUGAGACCACGAUCACAGAUGAUGGCAACAAAGGGAAGCGUCAGACACCAGGGACAGGUCCGGGAGACGCCAGGCGCAGAGCCCACACUUACGUCCUCCCAGUGGCAGGUAUAGAAAGCGACUUUCUCCCUCACUAACGGGCGACAGAGUUUCACAGAGCAUUGCCAACCAGGGUGCUCACGGACCUCGGUGAUGGGAGUUCAUUGGGCCCAGCCCCUCUGAAGGUCGGGCUGAUGGCACAAGGCCCCAGAGGUCACCUCCCAGGAGCUGGGCACAAAGGCCAGACCUCAGGGCACAGUUAAUCGGGCACACCUGUCCAUCUGCUCUUCCAACAAGACAUGACGUGAGAUGACAGUUAAGUCCUAUUCUGGAACCUUUGUGACAUCCCUGCUUCUAUUUCCCUGUCCUGGGUAUCAGGAAAGACAUCAUACACAAUCUCAAGGCGCAAAGGAGGCAGAAUGGAGAGCAGGCAGGUGGGGGACAGCCACUAAGAGCAGCAGAGGCUGGGGAGGAGGAGGAGGAGGAAGGAGACAGGCCUUAACCUGGUAGCGGAGAGUUGGGCCCAGUGGGAGCCCUGGGGAGGCGGGACCACGGAUGUGCGUCUUUCCACCUCCUGCUCCAGCCUGGAGCAGCCAGCCUGUGAAACGUGCUGUGAUUAAAGCCAUCACACUGGGCGAGGUCCCUGCCCACGCUGCCUCCUCUGGCUGCCUGGAACCUUGACGCCCCUGCCACCUCCUCAUAAGGUUUGAUGCCGACGGCUCACUCAAUAGCAGUAACACAAAGCACAACACGGGCUUGUAGGAAGAGUGAAAUGCAAAUUCGGGUCCCAGCGGUGCAUCUCUGAGCCAACUUUCCUGGCAACCAGCCUCUCAGAGCCUCUCGUCCUCAUCUGUGAAGUGGGGAGAAGACCCCUAUGACGAUAAGGAACUGCCUUACUCGUGAGAAGGCCACUGCACUGGGCCCUGCUGGCGGCAUCGGCAGGCAUAACAGCUGCCCCAGCCCACCUCACCCAGAAGCUGGGACUGUUCCAAUCAGCUCAGCUAUUUAAAAAGUACUAUUCACAGGGGGGCUGAGGCUCUUCGGGGUGCAGCUGAGGAACACUGCCAGCUGGGCAUGCUCCACUUCCACACAUCACACCGCCCGCCCGAACUCUCCCCACAUUGUAGCAUCUCUGCUGAUUGCAGCCCACAAGCAACUUAGAGCCUCCUCGAUUCCGAGUGGGUGGAAACGGGCUCUGAAGAGAACAAAUUUCAACCCUAAAAGGUAUGAGAGCUCCCACUUAAUUUACACUAUGGAGUGAGGCACUUGGGAGGCAGUGACUCCCUCAGCGCUGCCUACGCCAUCCUAUGAUCAGCAGGUGAGGAAAUGGAGACAGAGAGGGCAAGUCACUCACAGAGGUCACACAGCCGGUGGGUCACUUAUAUCCAAACCCAGAGCUAUCUGUCCCCAGCCAUAUAUCCUCACCCCUGCACCACACAACAUAGAUAUGUGGGGAGAAACAACUCCAGAUGCGAACAUUAAAAUCCCAAUCGGCUUCUUCAAAGACCAUUACCAUAUGACCCAGCAGGUCCACUCCUAGGUAUGUCUGUAUGUACGGUACCCAAGGGAAUUGAAAAGACGCAUUAAAGCAAAUGUGCACGAAUGUUCCUGGCAGCACUAUUCCCAACAACCAAAAGGUGGAAGCAACCCGGAUGCCUACAACUGCAGGAGGAGAAACGGAACGUGCUCGAUCCACACAAUGGAAUGUUACUCAGCCACGAAGAGGAAGGAAGCUCUGACACACUGCAACACAGAUGAGCCUUGGGAACAUUCUAAGUGAAAGGAACUGGACACCCCAUUCAUACAAAAUGUCUAGAAGACUUAAACCGAUAGAAGCAGACUCCCGGUUGCAGGGGCUGGGGGAAGAGGAAGCAGGGCGUGACUGCUAAUGGGCACGUGGCUUUGGGAUGGUGCAAAUGUUUUGGAACUAGACACAGGUGGUGGUUACACAACAUUGUGGAUGUACUAAAUGCCACUGCAUGGUACACUAAAGCGGUUAAUUCU